UCUGUGAGUCUUAGAUUGAGUCAGUAGGUAUGUCAGUCAGGGGUUGACGUCUACGUGGUGAGGUUUGGAACCACUAACCCGGUUGUACACUUAUCACCAUGGUUGAGACCCGUAGUGGGAAGGAGACUAGCCCCUACACCACAGAGCAGCAAGAAAAGAUGACCGCCUUAGUCAAAGAGAAUAAGGAGAGGAAAGAGCGUGAAAAGCAAGCCAAGCUAAAGGCUAUUGCAGACGAGCAGGCGGCGAAUAUGAAGAUAUUGGAGAAGGAGAUGAAGAGGGUACAACAGGAGGAGGAAGAAAGAAGGAAGGUUGCUGAAGCAGAAGCGGCCGCAGAAGAAGAGAAAGAGAGAAUGAGAAUUGAGAGUGGGGAAGGAAGUAGUGGUGGCACGAUGAAGUGGGAGACAGAUACUGAGUUGGAGAAGAAGAUCAACCCAAUGGAACGAAGAGAGAGGGAAGACGAGCAAAAGUUAGCAUGGAAGUUGAGAAUGAAGAGGGAGAAGAAGAGGAGGAGAGAGGAAGUGAAUAAGAUGACCGCAGCAGUGGUGAAGGUGCAGGAGUGUAGAGCAGAGGUGUUGGCCCAGCUAGAUGAUAAGGCCAAGUGGGACAAAGUACUGGGCUAUCUAGAGGUGUUGAGCAAGGCCUGGAUGGAGGAGCGCCAGGCAAGCUGGAUCCAGGAUGUAGCGUUGAGUGCCAUGCGGUCCGGGUUCAGGGAUUUUGCGCGCAAAAUCGUCACCCAUAUUGGGGGCGAAGUCAAGCAAUUGAGAGACAACGUAGGGAAGUUUUGUGAGGGCGCCAUUCAGGGUGCCAAAGCUGCAGCCGCUGUAGAAGGAGAGGCCAGACCUCGUAAGGACCCAGUGAAACUUAAGUUCCCAGAUGCGUACGGGGGGAAGAAGGAUGAGAACUUUGACAACUUGGAGGCCAGUGUCAAUAGUUAUAUUUAUUUACAGCAUAUCCUGAUGGAGGAGCAAGUCCUCGUGGCCUUCCAGGCCCUUAAGGACGAAGCGGCUAGCUUCGCCAGGUCUCUCGAGCGUACAGCCGAUUGUGAAAACAACCUGGUUGCAUAUUCUAAAGUCACCCCUCUUUCCSAAUUCCUCAGGCUCCUCAAGGAGCGUUUUGCUGACCCAACGAGAGGCAUAAGAGCCUCUGACAAGCUUCAAAUGAUCCACUCACGGCAAUGGAGGAGUGCCAAGGCACUCAAGGGUACCAUGGACGACUUGGUAGCCGUCCCGGACCAUGGGGUUACUGAGCCCCAACUGGUUCAGUUGUUUUAUCGUGCAAUUCCUGAGGCCCUACGUGGGCAUUUCUUUGACAAGUCUCAACAGGCCGACAUCACAUACGAUCAAUUAAGUCGCGAAGUCGUCCUGUAUGAGUCGAAGUCUAUGCCAGUUACCACUUUCUGGCAUAAGGACUUAGAGAAGGGGAAGAAGUGGAAGAAUCGUACCAUCUCAGGCCAAGUAAAGGCCAAGGAUCACAUGAUCCUGACAUUAGAAGAAGGUGGUACCGAUGAGGUCCCAUAUGACCAGAUUGAGUGCGGCCUUGAAGAUGAUGGCAGUAGUGUGGGGCAGGGGAGGUCUUACGCUGCUCUCGCGGAUGGAGGGAGGCCGCAAGGAGGAGGAGGAGGCCAGGGCCAAAGGGGUCAGGCUAUGGGAGGCCGAGGACCGGGCGCAAAGGGGGUUGGCGGACAGGGAAACCGCCAAGCGGGAGGUUUGUACUGACAGUGAGUUUGACACCGUGAAAUUCCUCCCUUGCGA